GGGGCCGACGCACUGCAGAGGUGCCGGCAGGUUCCGCCCGCGGAAGUCUCCUCAGCCGGCGCAGCCCGCGCUCCGCCCGCGCUCCGACCCCGGCCCCGGCGGGCGCCCCCUCGACGCCUCCGCCGCUGCGCUCCGUCCCUCCGCCUCCUCUCGGGCGCGCCCGCCCGCUCCCUCGCUUCUCCCCCUUUCCCUCCUCCCCGUCCCCUCUCCUUCCCUCACCUCGUCCCUCCCCACCUCCCCUGCUCUCGGUUUCCUCCCCCAUCCCCUUGACUCUCCCCUCCCUGCCCUCGCGCUCUCGCUCGCCCUCAGCGCGGCCCCCGCCAUGACGGAGGCGGGUGCCGGUGCCGUUGCCGCCGCUGCCGUCGCAGGGGGGGAGUCGGGUUCCCAGAAAGUAGCUUGAUGAGUGUCCAAAGUAGCAGUGGAAGUUUGGAGGGGCCGCCAUCUUGGUCCCAGCUCUCCACGUCUCCAACCCCGGGCUCGGCGGCGGCGGCCAGGUCCCUGCUGAAUCACACGCCGCCAUCCGGGAGGCCCAGGGAAGGUGCAAUGGAUGAGCUUCAUAGCCUGGAUCCAAGAAGGCAAGAGUUAUUGGAAGCUAGGUUUACUGGAGUUGCAAGUGGGAGCACUGGGAGCACUGGCAGUUGCAGUGUUGGAGCUAAAGCCUCAACAAAUAAUGAAAGCUCUAAUCACAGUUUUGGAAGCUUGGGAUCUUUAAGUGACAAAGAAUCAGAGACACCAGAGAAGAAACAGUCGGAAUCAUCUAGGGGAAGAAAGAGAAAAGCAGAAAACCAGAAUGAAAGUAGUCAGGGAAAAAGUAUUGGGGGACGUGGCCAUAAAAUUAGUGACUAUUUUGAAUACCAAGGUGGGAAUGGCUCAAGUCCAGUAAGAGGCGUACCUCCUGCAAUCCGUUCUCCUCAAAAUUCACAUUCACAUUCCACGCCUUCCUCAUCUGUUCGACCGAAUAGCCCUUCUCCUACAGCAUUAGCUUUUGGGGACCACCCUGUUGUACAACCAAAGCAGUUAUCCUUUAAAAUUACUCAGACUGAUCUCACAAUGCUGAAAUUAGCAGCAUUAGAAAGUAAUAAAAACCAGGACCUGGAAAAGAAGGAAGGUCGUAUAGAUGAUUUGCUCAGGGCUAACUGUGAUCUCAGACGGCAAAUAGAUGAACAACAAAAAUUACUUGAAAAAUACAAAGAACGAUUAAAUAAGUGUAUAUCAAUGAGCAAGAAACUUCUUAUUGAAAAGAGUACACAAGAAAAACUGUCAAGCAGAGAGAAGAGUAUGCAAGAUAGAUUACGCCUUGGACACUUUACCACAGUUAGACAUGGCGCCUCAUUUACUGAACAAUGGACAGAUGGUUUUGCAUUUCAGAAUCUUGUGAAGCAACAAGAGUGGGUGAAUCAGCAAAGGGAAGAUAUUGAAAGGCAAAGGAAACUUCUAGCCAAACGCAAACCUCCCACAGCUAAUAAUUCUCAGGCACCCUCUACCAAUUCUGAACCAAAACAAAGGAAAAACAAAGCAGUCAAUGGAGCAGAAAAUGAUCCCUUUGUUAGACCAAAUUUACCACAACUGUUGACUUUGGCAGAAUAUCAUGAACAGGAAGAAAUUUUCAAACUUAGACUAGGACAUCUCAAAAAGGAAGAGGCAGAAAUCCAGGCAGAACUUGAACGUUUGGAAAGAGUCAGAAAUCUUCACAUACGAGAGCUCAAAAGAAUAAACAAUGAAGAUAAUUCACAGUUCAAAGAUCACCCAACAUUAAACGAGAGAUAUUUAUUACUUCAUUUACUUGGUAGAGGUGGCUUCAGUGAAGUAUACAAGGCUUUUGACCUUUAUGAACAAAGAUAUGCUGCUGUGAAGAUCCAUCAGCUUAAUAAAAGCUGGAGAGAUGAGAAAAAAGAAAACUACCACAAACAUGCCUGCAGAGAGUAUAGAAUACACAAAGAACUGGAUCACCCCAGAAUAGUUAAACUCUAUGAUUAUUUCUCCUUGGAUACAGACACAUUUUGUACAGUGUUAGAAUACUGUGAAGGCAAUGACUUGGAUUUCUAUCUGAAGCAACACAAAUUAAUGUCUGAGAAGGAAGCUAGAUCUAUUGUAAUGCAGAUUGUGAAUGCACUAAGAUAUCUCAAUGAGAUCAAACCCCCUAUUAUACAUUAUGAUCUUAAGCCAGGAAACAUCCUUCUGGUGGAUGGGACAGCAUGUGGAGAAAUCAAAAUCACUGAUUUUGGGCUGUCCAAGAUUAUGGAUGACGACAGCUAUGGUGUAGAUGGAAUGGAUCUCACUUCCCAAGGGGCAGGCACUUACUGGUAUUUACCUCCCGAGUGCUUUGUAGUUGGAAAAGAGCCACCAAAGAUUUCCAACAAGGUUGAUGUGUGGUCGGUCGGAGUCAUCUUCUUUCAGUGUCUUUACGGAAGGAAGCCAUUUGGUCACAAUCAAUCUCAACAAGACAUUCUUCAAGAAAAUACAAUAUUAAAAGCCACAGAAGUUCAAUUCCCUGUAAAACCAGUUGUAAGCAGUGAAGCCAAGGCCUUUAUAAGACGGUGUUUGGCAUACCGAAAAGAAGAUCGAUUCGAUGUGCACCAACUGGCAAAUGACCCAUAUCUUCUCCCACACAUGAGAAGAUCAAAUUCUUCAGGAAACUUACACAUGGCUGGGCUGACAGCAUCCCCGACGCCCCCUUCUUCCAGCAUAAUUACUUACUGACUUUCCUCCAAAAUUGGCAUGAGAUCUUUGAAACGCUUCCAGAUGCACACUUGAGGUUGAGAGCAUUUGAGUGUUGUUUUCGUUUGUACGCAGGACAUGGUUAAGAACUGUUUAUGAUCUGAAGUUCUUCAGAGCGUCAUUUGUAUGAGUGGAUCGUGAAUGAUGAAUGAAGGAUGACGGCCUGUUGCACCGAGACAGGAAGACCACGCUAAGACACAAGAGAAAUGGGCUUUCUUGUUUAUUUGGGGGAACAUUGUAAAUAACGUUUAUAAUACUUAAAUACAUUUGAUUGUUACUAGAGAGUUCUAAUAUGAAGGGUAGUUUUUCAUUAUUUAAAAACACAUGGAAAAAAAUAUGAGACAUAUUUCUAACCCAAGAACUACAGUGCCUGGAUACAUUCUUCAGCAUUCGGCAGUUAACCUGCUGAAACCAAAGUAAGAACUGAAUGACAGUGACAGUUGUGUUUUAUAAUACAGAAUGCGAGACUUAGAAUCUUUGGACAAAGUUAGGCUUUGUCAUUUGCCUGUUCUGGCUCUUACCAAGUUGUACCUCGAAAAUCACAUGUCCUUUUUUUUCACUGGUUAUAUUAAAGGGAGAGCUAUUAUUCCUAGAUACUUCACACCUUUGACAAAAUUAGCUGCUUGUUUGGAAAUCAGUUGAAUUCACUAAAUUGUAACAUCUCCAGUGUCUUCAACAUGUUUGAAUUGUUAACAGGUAUUUUUCCUUUUGUUACCAGGCCUUGUUCAUCAACACAAGUGACAGUAUGUAACCAAAUGCAGACUAGUUCUAUGCAGGAUAAUGAUAAAUUCCCUUCUCAUUCUAUUGUAAAUUACUGUACAGAUGUCAUAUUUCAAUUACUAAGUUUCAGCAGCUUAUUCUUGUACAAAUGUUUAAAAAUAUGGCUUUUCUAAUUGGAUAUUGUAUUUUUUUUAAGUCUUCUUGAAGGCGCUUUAAUUGCUGCUAAAUGACGUUGCUUCUUUGCUAAAAAAUUGAAUGAGCUCCUUGAAGGUGCAAGUUGACUGUACGUCAUCGAGAUAUUAAAAGCAGGCUUUCAUUAACAAUCAAGGCAUGUAAAAAUGAUCCAUGUUGAACAUACUGAGUUCUUUAGAUCAGUUUCUUGGGUUCUAGGGCUGUGGAGCACAUAGAUACUAGAUUUAUAAAUUGUUCGUGGUUACUCUACAUUUCUAGAAGGUUCUUAUCAGCAAGGUGGGGUAAUGGUCCCAUAAACAAGUUUCUUGUGGUUUGUACAGAUUUGUUAAAAUGUGAACAUUUUCCAGCUGCCUUGUGUGGUAGAAACCAAUCUUUUUCAGGAUGCUGUUUUUUCACUUCUCUAAGGAUUUCUUUCUUCGUCAUAUCUGUGAUGCUUACCUGUAAGCUGUCCAUGUUGCCGAAAAAGGAGGCUAUACUCACCACCAGUGCUCCUUAAUAUUGUACAGUUUAACUGUGGCUCUUAUUUCUGAUGUUGCAAGCCAUUUUGUUUUUUCAUUGUACAUAGACACAUUGUCUAAGAUGCUGCUGAAAUUGUAGAGAAUGUAGCCAAAACAGUAAUAAACAAUGACAGUUAAAGUGUAAAGACUAUGAAAAUCACAUCAGAAGGAGCUUUCAAGAUUUAGGAUAUUGACUGUCUUAGCUCCUUUACUUAAGAAUCAGCUGAAUAAAUUCUUUUAAGUAUACUUCAAGACAAGUAUAAAAUGUUGUUUCAAGCUGUUAAGUUAUACUAAUAACCAUUAUCAACGCUAAUCCGGGGUGAGUAACACUUAGCAUUAUCAGGAGUGGCUUGAGGGCUAUACCUGUUCCUCUGUAGAUUAAGAUAGAAAUCCUGUAAAAAAAUACUGACGCAGUAAUGAAGUGUUAGCAGUACUUGAGUGCUUUAGGUGCUGCCCGCGCAUUUUUCUAGUUUUGUUUGAAUUUUCAUCUUUCUGAAUCCUAAAGUUCAAAGUAACUGUUAAAGUCCUGAAUUCAAAGAAAAUGCCUAGUUUUAAGAUUUUGCUGAGGAAUAAAAUGGAUGUUAGAUCUA